UCACAUGGGAUGCAGACUUAACAAGACGUUGCUCAGAAGUUUGUAGUUUAUAGCAAUUUUGUUGUGUGGCGAUGUAAAAGAAAUUUCCAUGAUAAUAUAUUUUCGUAAUUAUACAUUUUUAGACAUACACAUUUUAUUUUGAAGGUUAGCAACGGUCGCCGGAAGCACUUCGCCAAGUUUUGCACAAGAUGGCGUCUAGCUAAAGAAGCUUCGUUUCAUGAGCGACGUUCCUCCUUAAAAAAAGUUUAACUGACCUACGUCGGGAGGAAAUCACCAGCUUCACUGCGUGUCCCGUUUAAAUUGAGUUUGUGCUGGUCAACCUUUUCUGAAUGCGUUGCCUCCGAAUCAUCUCCCGAUGUCCCACAGACCUAUACUGUAGUUAGCUUAGCUUGCUAGCUUGAAAUAAACGGGAGGUAACUUAGCAACACAACUAAACAGUUACUUGGCACGCUGACUGGUAAGAGCCCAAAGCGUGUUUUUAAACGGGGUUCGUCUGGAGAAAAAGUUGGUUUCAUUGUGUGAAAAUGUCUAAAGUCCAGAUGCUGAGAGCGCUGGUGGAGCAGCGACUAACCGCGGCUGCCGAGGAGAUAUUUGGGCUGUUUGAAAGGACGAUAGCCGAGUACGAGGAGGAGCUUUGUCGGCAGCGCACACUGCUGCAGGACGCUGCGAAGCCUGAGAUCCAGAGAGACAAAGCAGGUUGCUUUCGUUUUGUUUUGUGCUCCUGUGUGUAACCUCACUGUGUCUGGAUUUGGGAUCAGUCAUCGUCACUGGCCGGGCUGCGACUGUGCUGACAUGCCGGGACCGCAGAUGUUCAUGUAUCUGACCCGAAUGAACAUCUGUGCUGCCGCCGCCACCGCCACGUCCUGACAGCGAGAGCCACAUGCCCGAGGCCAGAUACAUGUUUGCUGCAAAUGUCAAGAAGUUUACGGUAAUUAAAGAGGUUCCCCCUGAGCAGCAGGAGUGGAGCCCCAGUCUGGACCAGGACCCACCAGAGCUGCCACACAUUAAAGAGGAGCAGGAGGAGCUCUGGACCAGUCAGGAGGGAGAGCAGCUCCGAGGGCUGGAGGAGGCCGAUAUCACCGAGUUCCCAUUCGCUCCUGUGAAGAGUGAAGAAGAAGAUGAUGAAGAGAAACCUCAGUCCUCGCAGCUUCAUCAAAGCCAAACUGAAGAGAACAGAGAUGCAGAGCUUUUGAAAACAGAAGCCGAUGGAGAGGACUGUGGAGGACCAGAACCAGCCAGGAACUUUAAUCCAGAUAAUCCUUUACAACCAGCUAGUCGUAAGACUCCACACUCUUCUGGGACUGAAGACAGUGAUGGUGGCUUGAAGCAGACCAGGGAACCUCAGUCAGGUUCAAAUGCUCUGAAAAACAACGAAGUCCCUGUAAGUGAUGUGGCCAAAAAAUGUUUUAGCUGCUGUGAGUGUGGUAAAAGAUUUGGCAGCAAGGAACAUCUGCAGAUCCACAUGAAAUGUCAUACAGGAGAAAAAACAUAUACUUGCCCAUUCUGUGGUAAAAAAUUUACAAAGAGCUCAAAUUUGACCACACACCUGAGAGUUCAUACAGGAGAGAAACCGUUCACCUGCUCAGUUUGUAACACGAGUUUUAGUCUGCGUUGCACGUUGGUGAAUCACAUGAGAGUCCAUACUGGGGAGAAACCAUUUAGCUGCUCGGUUUGUAGUAAAAGAUUUUCAAAAAAGGCAAAUUUGACCACACACAUGGCCCUCCACACUGAGGAGAAGCCAUUUAAAUGCAGUAUUUGUGACAAAAGAUUCACUUGGCAUUCGCAGGUCAAAAACCAUAAGUGUGUUGUUGAGAGCAGCAAGUGAAGGCGGAGAGCUGCUGACGAGCAGUAACUGAACAGAGAGUCGCGUCACAAAAGCAUGUCGUUCAGGAGGAAACUCACCUGGAGCUGUUUCUCCACCACAGGAUCUUUUUCAGGAACCUUUUGUAGGAGUUCAGGAAGUUCACCUGCGUUUGGACUUUAGGAGCCAGAUGUUCGGGAGUGAGUUUGCAGAGCUGAAUGUUGCUGCAAGACCCGGUCGCCGGGGCGGGGAAGGUCUUCCAAUGUUUACUGAUAUUUGUAGUAGACUUUUUAACUUCUAUAAAAGAGUGAGAUAAAGAGGGAGAGCGGGCGACCAGCGAUGGAGACAGAGAAACUAAACCUAACUUUAUUUUUUAAUAGUUUAAUAUGGCCAUCGUCUAAAGCGGGGAAAUAACCAGAGCACACGCAGCAGUUCGGCGUUACUUUCCAGACGUGUCCUCUACUUUCCAACAUCCAGUCAAACGUCACAGUCAGGCAGCAGUAAAAUCUCAGAACAACGCAAUGACUCUAUAAAGUGAGGACACGACUUGAAGCAAAAAGUCGGCUCAUAAAAAGCCGUCGUUUUCCGUUGUCGAUCUGAUGAACCUGGUUUUCACAGUUCCACAGAUGCGGUGGAAAGUGUAGCUCCUAGGACUGCUCGGUGAAGAAGGGCCGUGAAGUCUGUGUUGAGGUCAGGGACUCAGCAACGUGAUUGCUGCUCAUACAGGAGACUUGAGGGACAAUGCCGACGUGCAAGGUGAGGGUCAUGUGAGCUGGGCUACGUUGUGCUCAGUGACGGCCGUCGUUUAAGAUCAUCUGUCAUUAUCAGUUGUAAAAGGGAUAUUUCAACAUACAGUUUGUGCCGUUUUUUGUGUCAAAUGUGGGUGUUUUAGUCAUUUGUGGAGAUGAAUCAGAAUCAGAAAUCCUUUAUUGAUCCCCGAAGGGAAACUCUUUGUUACAGCAGCUCGCCUUUACGUCAGUGCACACAGGAGAAAGUACUAGCAAAAAAAAUAAUACACUAUAAAAACUUUAAAAACAGGUCAGAAAAUAAAUGAAGUACCAGGUGGGUAUAAGUAUAAGAUAAAAUAAGUGUGAAGUACCAAGUGGGUUUACCGGCAGAUGAUGCUUUGACUCAGAAGUUUUAUUGUUGCUUCUGCUGGCAGGACACACGCACAAAGACUUCUGGUCGUAUUUUAACGCAGUCAGCCAUCAAAGUCACGAACGAGUUUAUUUUGGCUGUCCGUGCUUCGUUUGUUUCCGUUAUGCAGCCUAAUCAAACUUUUUUGAACAUUCAGUGCCAACGUAUUUUGAAUUGAUCGUAUUUCUAUAGAAUGGUUUAGGUUAGGGAAAACUCUUAGUUAUGGUUAAAAAAAACUGUGAAUGGACUUUACACACAUCCGUCACACAUGGAGGGGGUGACCUGGUACGUGGACUGAUCUUAAAAAAAAAACAAACCCAACCCUGGUCCAGGUUUUACUCAGCAAAGGUAUCUGGGUAUUUUAGUCACAGUAAACUUGCUGUUUCGAACAGGCCGCGGUUAUUCAGAGGAGCCUGUCUGUUUCUGAUCCGCUCUGUUUUUGUUGAAGAGUGCGCGCUCAGUACUUCCUGUAGCUGCGGCUUCUCCAUCAGCUGCUUCAGACUUGACUUUUACUUUGACACCGCUGCAGGAAGUGUACCGUUUCUGCCACCAAGAGCUGCGCAGGUUGUAAAGGACUUACUGUUGGUUUAAUUCACUGUAUUCACGUCCAUUUGAUUGUAAGUUAUUGGAUUUAUACUUGCUGUGUUUUUAGAGUUGUUUUGACCACUGCUUUUACUUGUAACUGUUGUGUGAAGUGCUGUAUAAAUCAAAUGUACUAUUAUAAUCUGUCUCUCCAUGCUUUCAGAAAACUAUCUGCCACUUGAAGAGCUAAACAGCUGGUUUAAGACAAAUUUGACCUGGAAUGUAAACACACAGCAGGCUUUUGUUAGAAUUGACUGUAUUCACCUGACGUAAGGUUCUUUUAUAAAUAAUAUGUCUUGAUCAUUAUGACAACACUUAUUCCUCUGCUGCCUGGCAGGUGGUGCCACAGUGUGAAGCGUAGAGCCACCGGGCCCCAUAUCUUCCUACACACUUAUCCCAAAGAGUAAAGCCCACCUCACCUUACUGUUACACGUCUGAACGUACAAAUUCAUACUACUGUUGCCCGCCGGAGUUACGCUACAUUUUUACUGUAACAUAAAGAUUGUUACAGAUUAAACUAUCCAACAGUAUAUAAAGUAGUUCAGUUUAGUUCCACCUCGACCAAACUACAACAUCUAUAUGCUGCUUACAUGUUAAGGUAUCAGUAAUAAUACUCCAAUAAUAUAAUAGAUUGUAUGAAAUUGCAUUCGCAGGGGCCAUUCUGCUGCACAACAAGAUGCUUUUGUACUGUUGACUUUGUGGUAUUUCUACAUUUACUUAAGUAAAGCAUCCGGGUAUUUUUUACCAUUGUUAAUUCUUGGCCUGUAAAUAAAAGUUUGGUCACUUUUAUUUUGAAGAUCUCGGAAGACGUGAUACCGGAAGCAAUGUUUACUUACCGUGGCUAACAUGCUAACUUUUUGUCCCGUUAACGUACAGCGUGCGUUACCAUAAGAUGCAACCGGAGUGAACCACCACCACCACCGUGUUUAAGUGGACGUUGUGCAAACUUUCUGAUGUUUCCCCUCAGACUCGUCUCCUGUUAGCCAGAAAUGCUAAAUGCAGUUAGCGUAGCUUGCUAGCUGGAAAUAGACGGGACUCGGACACACAGCGCUACUCAGAGGAACUUCGAUAGAGUCCAAACUGUAUUUUUCAUGGACCCAAAAUGUCCAAAUGAACCCGCCUGAAUAGACUCUGUGCUGUCCCCUUUAUUUUAAAAUGUUUUACGUCUGAAUUAUGUCCUGGAGUCCUAAGAAGCUAAUGAAGUUAGCCUAGCUUGCUAGCUGGAAAUAGACGGACGCGAACGUAACCUAGCAACACAGCGCGCGUCAGAGGGACCAAACUGUUUCUAACGGAGUGAGUCUGGAGGAAAAGUUGCUGU